GUAGUCAGAUUGAAGGGUUAACGACAACUGAAAUGUCAAACAAAAAUCGGUCAAAAAAAAAACAAAUCUUUUUGCGUAUUUGAAAAAUUUCGCCAAUUUUCCUUAAAUAAAUUAACAAGAAAUCUGUGAUUUUUCCGUGUAAGUUGUACCGGAAGUGGGCAGAGUGAGUGCCAAAUGAGUAGCAAUAGCCAUAGUAUGGCCGACCCAAAUCCAUGGGGCGAGAUUGAGCUUACGGGGCGCUUCUCGGAGGAAAUGUCUCAAUUGUGCAUGAAUCAAGACUAUUCGGAUGUCACCUUUGUUGUGGAUGACAUGAAACUUCCUGCCCAUAGGGUAAUCCUUGCGGCACGCAGUGAUUACUUCCGGGCAAUGCUCUUUGGGGGCAUGAGUGAGAGUUUGCAGAAUGUGAUUGAACUGAAGGUACCACUGGAUGCUUUCCGGGCAUUGCUGCGGUACAUCUAUUCGGGGCAUAUGUCCCUGUCGCAGAUGAGGGAGGAGGAUGUACUUGACACACUCGGUUUGGCUAAUCAGUAUGGAUUUACAGAGCUGGAGAAUGCCAUUUCGGGCUACCUCAGGCAAGUCCUUUCGCUGGACAAUGUGUGUGCUGUCCUGGAUGCAGCACGCCUGUAUGCCUUUGAGGCACUCAUGAAUGUCUGUCACACCUUCCUGGAGCGCAAUUCCGCAGAUAUCCUCAAGCACGAAUCCUUCAAGACAUUGUCUGAGCAAUCCCUCAUUGGGCUCCUUGAGAGGGAUUCCUUCUCCGCCCCUGAGGUUUCGAUCUUUGUGGCUGUGCACGAAUGGUGCACAGCGAAUCCGGAAGCAAAUAUUGAUCUCGUUGUGUCUCAGGUGCGACUCCCACUGAUGAAUCUCGAACAACUCCUAACUGUGGUGCGUCCAUCGGGAAUCAUUGACCCAGAUCGUCUACUUGAUGCCAUUGAGAAGAAGACCACGAGCAAGUUCCUCCCCUUCCGCGGGGCUUUGUGGCCAGAAGAGAAUGUAGCCGCGCUGAAGUAUGAUUCGCGAACAAUUAAAGGGGAACUUCCUUCAUCCUUGCUCGAUGGGGACACAGACUCCUACGACAUGGAGCGUGGCUACACGCGGCAUACAAUCAACGAAGCAAAUGAUCAGGGAAUCAUUGUAGAGCUGGGAAGGAUUUUUCUCAUAAAUCACAUCAAAAUCUUGCUUUGGGACAAGGAUGUGCGUUCCUACUGCUACUUCAUUGAGGUCAGCGUCAAUCAGGUUUCGUGGGAGCGUGUAAUUGAUCAUCGGGAGUACAAUUGUCGCUCCUGGCAGUUCCUCUACUUCCCAACACGUGCUGUACGCUACAUUCGUCUCGUUGGCACCCACAACACCGUCAACAAGGUCUUCCACGUUGUCUCCCUUGAAGCAAUGUACACAGCCAACGUUCCGCCCCUUCACAAUGGCAUCGUGGCCCCCGUGAACAAUGUGGCCACACUGGAGAUGAGCGCCAUCGUCGUGGAUGGCGUGAGUCGCACACGGAAUGUCUUGAUAAAUGGUGAUGUGAAAAACUACGAUUGGGACUACGGCUUUACGUGCCAUCAGCUCGUUAGUGGGAUGAUUCUCGUGCAACUCGGGCAACCCUACUACAUUGGCUCCCUGCGGCUCCUCCUCUGGGAUCUGGAUGAUCGAAAUUACUGCUUCUACAUUGAGACGUCGACAAAUAGGAAGAAUUGGGAGGUUGUUGUGGACAAGAGGGCAGAACCCGUGCGUUCCUGGCAACAUUUCACCUUCACCCCACGUCCUGUUGUCUUCAUAAAGAUCGUUGGGACCUACAAUACAGCCAAUGAGAUUUUUCACUGCGUUCACUUUGAGUGUCCAUCGCAGGAUCCAGUGUAUCUGCAGGCGAAGGAGAAUGACAAAACAAAUCCUCAGCCAGGUAGCUCAAGUUCCGCCACACAGACUUCCACGUCAGAGAAUCCCGAAGAGGAAUCUUAAAUGGCUCUCUCAUACAAAAUAAAUUAGCGGGAAAUCUUUUGCAGCAACGAUCGAUACAAUUUUGAUCCAAAGAAUUAUUUUACCUGUUUCGUUAAAAAUCCAGUUUUUUAUUGCAUUAAUUUCUGUGUUACAAUCCCCCAGCAUUAUAGCAUAAAAGCAUAAAACAUCCGCUUGAGAGCUUCUGGAAUGCUUGAGAGAAGAAAUUUUCUUGUCUUUUAUCACUCAAAAUUCCUUUAAAAAAAAAAGAUCUCUUCCACUAUUUAGGAAGAAAGAUUUAUUAUGUAUUCACAAUUUGUUAAAUGAAUUUUAUUAUUUAAAUCUUUUGAAUUUUUACAAAAAGUUUUUUUAUUCAUUCGGAGAGGAUUUGCUUUUGAAAUCUUCCUAAAAGGUUUAAAAAUCUUUCAAGAAAAACAAUUUUUUUGUGAAGUUUAACUCGUUUUUGAUCCUUCCAGUGACUUUUCGCUUCAUUUUAAAGGCUUCUUCAGGUCUCGAAAGAAUAAAAAAGUCAGAAUAAAA